UUCAUUCAAAUUAACCAUGCCAUCCAGUUUGAAUAAAAACAGCAGCAACAUCUGUGAAUCAGAUUCAAAGUGCAAACAAAAUGAAUAUUGUAACGACAAAACUCAAAAAUGUAUUAUCGGAUGUCGACUUGAUAGAAAUUGUGGCCAAAAUAAGUAUUGUGAUGAAGACAGAAGGAUGUGUACGAGUGGAUGUUAUGAUAACAGGGAUUGUGACAUGAAUGAGAUUUGUGAUAUUAAUUCAAAAAUGUGCAUCUUUAAACUUUCAGCUCGAUCUCCUUUUUUCGAUGCACCUGUCCAAACAUCAACUGAUUUUGUAACUCCGCAGAAGCGAGUUAUUAGUCUUGCUGCGUUUUUUGUGCUGACAAGAUUGGCUAAUCAUGAAAAUUCUACUGAUAAUAAUGAAAAGAAAUAGGGGUCGUUUACUUAUGACGUCCAAUAUUUAGGAGGAUAGGGGGGUGAAAAAAAUUAUGUUUUUCGAUGAAAGUCUUAAGUGAACGGCCACAUAGCUAAUGUAAAUAUUUAUUUAAAUCAGAUGCUGGAUUAGGAAUUAAAACUUCGUCAUUUGGAGAAUCAGCUGCUCAAAAUCGUUUAUGCUGUGAUCAGUCAACAGUAGUGCUAUGUGCACUAUUUACUAGUCUAAUAAGUAAAUCAACAUAGAGUCUUGGUGUAUAAUCUUGUUCAUUCUUUAAAUUGGAGCAAUUUUUAAUAAAAUUAAAACGAUGAAACUAGUGUAUCGGGUAGAAACCCAAUGCGGAGAUAUUCACACCGUACCAUCAAAAGUCUUAUGGAUAGACCAAGAUUUGCGAGGGGCGACCCUAGUCAAAAUCAAUUUUGUCACUUUUUUCUUCGAGGGUUUAUCCAAAUGAAUUGAAACUUUGCAUAAAUAUUUUAGUGCUUAAAACAAAUACAAAUAAAACAUCUUAAAAUUUUUUUGAGCAAAGAACCAAGUAGGAAAUAUAUUUUCAAUUGUGAACUUGGGACAGGUCUAGUCAAAAUCUAGUUUUUCACUUUU